AACGCCCCCCAACCCCAACCACCGCUUGUGCCUUGGGCUUCCAUCAAAACCCAGCCCCACGUCGACAUGGAGACGGAUCUAAAUCCCGUGAAGGCGGAGCCCUCCCCGCCCUCCCCGGCGCCGUCCGCGACCGCUUCUUCGCAUAGGUCUAGGGUUUCGGAAAUGGAGAUCCCUCCGAUGACUGACGUCGCGGCUGCCGCUGCGGAGGCGGAGGCGGCGGUCUGGGAUUGGGAAAAUCUUCUCGCCUGCACCAUCGACGAGGAGGAUCCCUGGAUGCUCCCAUGGGAGAGCUCCGAGGAUGGCCAGACUCCGAUUCCUCCUCCGCCAACGGCGGCGGAGCCGUCAUCACUCCCGCCGGUCCCGGCGGAGGCGGCGGAAGGGAAUAACCGCGUGCGGAAGAGGGAUCCGCGGCUCGUGUGCCCGAACUAUCUGGCGGGGAUUGUGCCGUGCGCGUGCCCGGAGGUGGACGAGAUGGAGCUGGAGGAGGAGGAUGUGGCGGAGGCGGUAGCCGGAGGGAGGAAGCGCGCGAAGACUGGGGGAGUGGCGGCGGCGGUGGCGGCGGCGACGGCGAGGUGCCAGGUGCCGGCGUGCGAGGUUGAUAUCAGGGAGCUGAAAGGGUAUCACCGGCGCCAUAGGGUUUGUCUCCGGUGUGCUAAUGCUUCGUCUGUGGUGCUUGAUGGCGAGCACAAGCGGUACUGCCAGCAGUGUGGCAAGUUUCAUUUGCUGUCAGAUUUUGAUGAGGGUAAACGUAGCUGUAGGAGAAAAUUAGAGAGACACAACAAAAGGAGGCGGAGAAAACCUAGUGAUUCAAGAAAUGUUGUGGAGAAAGAAUUGGAAGCUCAAGGAGACCCUCCAACUGAUGUUAUUUGUAAUGGCAAACCUGGGAAAGAUAUGUCAAAUAUUGCUUGUGACACAGUUGAGACUGUUGUGAGCAACAGAAGUUUGGACAGAGAAACACUUCUGGGAUCUGAAGAUGGGAAUGGUUCUCCCAUUUGUUCCAUUCCUAGCUUCCAAAAUGACCAGAAUGCUGGUCUAGUUUCUUUAGCAGCUUCUGAUGAAGCUCGUGCUGAUGAAAGAAUAGAUAUUUCGAAGUCUGCCCUUUCCUCUACACUUUGUGACAACAAGAGUACUUAUUCAUCUGUUUGUCCUACAGGUCGUAUUUCAUUCAAGCUUUAUGACUGGAAUCCUGCAGAAUUUCCUAGACGACUACGCCACCAAAUAUUUGAGUGGUUGGCCAACAUGCCUGUUGAGUUGGAGGGUUAUAUUCGUCCUGGAUGUACGAUCUUGACUGUAUUCAUUGCAAUGCCACAAUUUAUGUGGGAGAAGUUAUAUCGAGAUGCGGCCCAAUACAUAGGAGACUUAGUUAAUGCACCUGGAAGUUUGCUGUUGGGAAGAGGCACCUUUUUUAUUUAUCUUAGUCAUAUGAUCAUUCACAUUUUGAAAGAUGGAACAUCAUUGAUGAACAUCAAGAUGGAGGUUCAAGCUCCAAGGCUACAUUAUGUUUACCCUACUUAUUUUGAAGCUGGCAAACCAAUGGAGUUUGUUGCCUGUGGAAGUAAUCUUAACCAGCCUAAAUUUCGGUUUCUUGUGUCAUUUGCUGGAAAAUAUCUCAACUUCGAUUCUUGUUCUGUCAUAUGUCAUGGGAAGAGCAAGUAUUAUGAUGAAAAUGGGGUGGAGUACCUCCACAAUUCUGACCAUGAGAUGUUCAGGAUAAAUAUAACUCAGACAGACUUGGAUGUUUUUGGCCCUGCAUUUAUUGAGGUUGAGAAUGUAUCUGGAAUAUCCAACUUUGUCCCUAUCCUCGUUGGUAACAAUAAUGUAUGCUCUGAAAUGAAGAGGAUUCAGGAUGCAUUAGGUGAACCCUAUUGUGCAGAUAGCAUCAUGUCGCAAAAUGCAGUUAGUGGUGCUAGUCCAGCCUUUUGUGAGUUUUUUGUGUCAAGACAAAAUGCAAUCUCAGAACUGCUUUUGGACAUUGCAUGGUUACUGAAGGAGCCUCACAUCAAUGAAAGGGAAUCUCUCUUUAGUUCGGAAAAUAUUCAGAGAUUAACUUCUUUACUAAAAUUUCUGAUACAAAACAGAUUUGUUAGUAUCGUCGAGGUUGUACUGCAUUAUUGGGAUAAUAUAGUCGAUGGGAAGGGUUUUGAUAAGUCAGAAAAUUGGUAUUCUGAUGCUGAUAUGAGGCUAUUACAUGAGUAUGUGAACCAUGCUAAAGAAAUUCUUUGUCAGAUAACUUUACAUGAUGUGGAGCCGGAACUAGAUUCAAAAAACUCAAUUGAUGGAAAUGAUGUGCUGCAAAGAUAUUUGAAGAGUGGUGUGGUCUCUGCCAUGCCUUGCACAAAUCAAGACGAAGGAGCGAGGAAUGAAGAUGGUCCGUGCUCAGCCACAAGUUCAGCAACUCAAGAGGAUGAUGAAAAUGUUCCACUUGUAUCGAACAAGAUUAUUCACAGGCGACACUGUUACCCACACCAGGGUUCCAAAUGGCUUCGUCAAUCUUGGGGUGACAUUUUCCCCACUAACAUGAUGAGGAGACGUCUUGGUGUAAUUUUAAUGGUUAGUGUUGUUAUGUGUUUUGCAGCAUGUAUCGUCCUUUUUCACCCUCACAAGGUUAGGGAAUUUGUAGUUUUCAGGAGGUGUUUGUUUGGUGGUCCCAUGCAACAGAAAAUAGUAGGCAGGCACGUUCCUUAAUCACUGCCAGUUCACUCAAAUCCUGUGUUGAUUGUAAAUUACCAGGCUAUCAUGUGCAUUUGCUCAUUUGCGCUUGAAGGAUUCCGUGAUAUUUUUGGAAUAAAUUCUAGCCUUUUUUGGUGAUCAGGGGAUGUUUGCUUGAAAGUUGAAACAAAUGCAAUCUCACUUCAUGUC